AUGACUCCUCCAGUUCAGACAAAGCAGCCUUGCAAAGAGCCAAGGGAAAAACCAUCUGGCCUUGGCACAGGAGAAUCUGUAGAAGCCCUGAAGCUGCUGAGCAUCACAUUUCUGCUGUGCUCUCUGACUUGCCUCUUGCUGGAGACUGUUGCUUCCUCUGUGUCACCUUUAUCUGCCUUCAGAGUACAAGACCAGGAUGCCCUGCCAGAACACUCAGUGGGUGUGUUUGCUGUUAUGAUGAAAGUUCCGGCCUCCAUAGGACCUAAGAUUCUCGUCGAAGAAAAUUCCAGGUCCUGGCUGAGCAACUUCAAGGAUUAUCUCUGUGAUCUCAUCAGGAGCCACAUCCCUCCAGCAGCCAUUUUUAUUUUUCUUAUCAUGUCAGCAGUACUGGGGACCCUCUGCUGCCUCACGUAAGCUUCUGGAAGAGGAGGGAGAGGAAGGAACAGGUACCUAGGGAGAGACAGGAAUGGCCAUGUGACCCCCUCUUUGAAAAAGUCUCCUCCACGUUCUCUUUUUUUCUCCAUCCUGCUCCAUCCCUUUCCAACCAUUGACAGGUGACAUUUAAAGACCAGUAUUUGCAACUGAUUUUUUUUUAAGUAACUUCAUUAAUUU